UCCAUCUUCAUCCUUUUGCUCAAACCCUCUUCUGCCCUUGGCCCUUCUCUUCCCAUCUCUUCCCACCCUUCCCAUUGCCCUUCUCCCACUAAUUCUCUCUCUUCCUCUUUCAAAUCCCUUCCAAAACACCCGCCAAGGUGAGCCCGUUCUCUUUUUCCUCCAUUUUGAUCCUAAAAAUUCGAUCUUUUUGCAAUUAUCUCUGCUUUUCUUUAGAUCUCUCGCUGUUUGUGCUUCCUAUUGCUUUGUUCUUGCUGUGGCUUGCUUUUCUUUCUCUGUUCUUGUGUUCCCCUCUGGAAAUUAGCCGCCUUGAUGAGUUUUAUUCGGUUUCCUGCCAGGUUUUGAAGUAAGAAUCGUUGUUUACUGGAUCAUCCUUCAAUGGCGAAUCAUGAUUUGGUUCUUGGCCAGAACCCUGAUUUAGCCCUUGGACAGAAUCAUGAUCUUGUUAUGGGGCAAGGUCAUGGUUUGGGCCUUGGCCAGAGGCAUGGCCUUGGUCUCGGCCAUGCACAUGAUCAUGAUCUAGGUCUGGGUCACACACAUGACAGCCGUCUUGUUCUGGGUCAUCACCACGCUCAUGAUCAUGCUCAUAACCACAGCAAUGAACUUGCUCUAGGAAAACCCCAUGAUCCUGAUCAAGACUCCCUUGAUGAGCAAAAUCACGAACUCAGUCUUUCUGAUAACCAUGAAUUGACCUUAGCCGAAUCCCAUGAGCUUGCCGUUGUUGAUCAGAACUUGGAUCAGCUCACUGUUGAUCAGUCUCAGGAGCUUGCACUUCAUCAUUCCCAUGAAAUGACACAUGGCCAUUUGAUGGUCAGUCCAAUCCUGCAGACUCGUCGAAUAGUGACCAGCAACCAUGAGCUCACUAUUGGCCAGGAAUUUCCUGAUGUUAAGAGCUGUCGUAGAGCCUUGAGAGAUGCUGCUAUUGCGUGCCAUUUUGAGAUACAGACUGUGAAGUCAGACAAGACACGUUUCACUGCCAAGUGCGCUGCUGAGGGUUGCCCAUGGCGUAUUCAUGCAGCAAAGCUCCCUGGUGUACCAACAUUCACAAUCAGGACCAUUCAUGAGUCCCAUACAUGCAAUGGGCUCGGCCAUCUUGGGCAUCAGCAAGCAUCAGUUCAGUGGGUUGCAAAUUCUGUGGAAGAACGGCUUCGUGAGAAUCCGCAUUACAAGCCCAAGGAGAUAUUGGAAGAGAUCCAUCGGGUGCAUGGAAUCACUCUGUCCUAUAAGCAGGCUUGGAGAGGGAAGGAACGCAUCAUGGCUGCAGUUCGUGGGUCAUUUGAAGAAGGGUAUCGUCUCUUGCCACAGUACUGUGAACAAGUUAAGAGGACAAAUCCGGGAAGCAUUGCAUCAGUAUAUGGAAAUCCAGAGGACAAUUGCUUUAAACGCCUUUUCAUCUCAUUUUACGCUUCCAUUUAUGGUUUCGUGAAUGCAUGUCGUCCGCUUAUUGGGCUUGACAGAACACUCUUGAAAAGUAAAUAUCUUGGAACCUUGCUUUUUGCCACUGGAUUUGAUGGAGACGGAGCAUUAUUUCCCCUGGCAUUUGGGGUUGUUGAUGAAGAAAACGAUGAGAAUUGGAUAUGGUUCUUGUCUGAAUUGCAUGCCCUGCUUGAGGCUAAUACAGAAAAUAUGCCGAGGCUGACUAUAUUGUCGGACAGACAGAAAGGUAUUGUGGAUGGGGUGGACUUUAACUUCCCGACAGCCUUUCAUGGUUUUUGCAUGCGCCACCUUAGUGAUAGCUUCCGCAAAGAGUUUAGCAACAAUGUUCUUGUCAACCUCCUUUGGGAGGCAGCCCAUGCUCUCACAGUUAUCGAGUUUGAAGCCAAGAUAUUGGAAAUUGAAGAGAUAUCUCAGGAAGCCGCCUUCUGGAUCAGACGCAUCCCGCCUCGUCUUUGGGCAACAGCUUAUUUUGAGGGAACACGGUAUGGGCAUUUGACAGCCAAUAUUGUGGAGUCUCUAAACAGCUGGAUACUUGAAGCUUCUGGGCUUCCUAUAAUUCAGAUGAUGGAGUGCAUCCGGCGGCAAUUGAUGACAUGGUUCAAUGAACGUCGUGAGAUGAGCAUGCAGUGGACAACUAUACUCGUACCAACAGCUGAGCGGCGUGUAUCAGAUGAUAUAGAGCGUGCAAGGGGGUAUCAAGUAGGGCGUGCAAAUGAGGCUGAGUUUGAAGUUGUGUCCCCGCAUGAGGGAACAAAUAUCGUUGACAUUCGGAAUCGCUGUUGCCUGUGUCGAGGAUGGCAACUCUAUGGAUUGCCUUGCGCACAUGGUGUAGCAGCACUGCUUUCUUGCCGGCAAAAUGUUCAUAGGUACACAGAGAGUUGUUUUACUGUUGCAACUUACCGGAAGACGUAUUCACAGACCAUCCAUCCAAUCCCUGACAAGAGUCUUUGGAAGGAGUUAUCAGAACAAAAUUUGAACGGAGUGGAUAAAGCUGAAAUGAUUAUAAACCCGCCAAAGUCUUUAAGACCUCCCGGAAGGCCAAGAAAGAAGAGAGUCCGAGCAGAGGAUCGUGGUCGAGUGAAACGGGUUGUGCAUUGUAGCCGCUGCAAUCAGACAGGUCAUUUUAGAACAACAUGUGCAGCUCCUAUUUAACAUAUUCAGCUUUUUGCACUACUUUAACGGCUACAUUCAUGUGAAAAAUAGGUAUGGUUUUUAUGUGAAAAGCACAAUGAGUUACUCUAGAUUUGUGGGUUUGGACUUUGUAAUCUACCCGGGAGAUAAUGUUUAUUUAAUAAUUUGUGGUCUGAAGUUUCCAAUUAAUUUGUUCAGAGCCUAAAUGGUAGUUAAUGUACAUUAUGAUGCUGUGUGUAACUUGAUCUUUCUUCAUUUUUUCUAGCUA